AUGACUCUGGGCGUCCCUUGCGGGACUAUUGUCGCUUAUUGCGGUGAAAAGAGCUCAGUGCCAUCUAAUUGGUCUGUCUGCGAUGGCACGAGCUAUCAGAGGGACAAAUUCCCUGCGCUUUACGCCAUGAUUGGUACAGCCAAUGGAAGCGACGGUGGCAGCUUUCGGAUCCCUGAUCUGGCUGGUCGGUUUCUGAGAGGAUGGGGCAUGGACAAUGGUGGUAAGAAAGAUUUUGCACCAUACGAGGUCAAUCCAAUUUUUCGGGCACUGUUUGGCUCGCAGAUCAUUGCUGGUCCGCCGCAGCCAUUGACACCCGGAGCGACCUUUGACUCUCGGACUGGCUACCCCAGGGCCGGACUUCGAAUGAAAUUGAGCCAGCUUCCGAAGGAGAACCAGUAUCACAACACUGGGAAAGGGAAUGGAGAUCAGCUCUGCGAUAUUACGGAUGAUUCCACCCUAUUCACUGGCACUGAAGGGGACGCCGAGACCCGUCCAGAUAACGUUUACAUGUAUUACAUCAUCAAGAUCCAGGACGGUGAUACCGAUACGAUGACUCCGGCUGACCUACCCGCUGGGGCUAUCUUCCCUUUCGCCGGAGGGGAGACGUGCGGGCCAGCGCUAGAGUCGAACAGUGGCAACGCUUUCAUCUUGUGUGAUGGUGGUAAUGUGGAUGCCACGGCGGCUGCAGACCUGCAGGGUCCUGUCGGUAACCGCUUCGCCGCCGUCAACGAUGCAGAUACCAAGUUCACGCCCCCAGACCUGGUCAAUUGGUUCAUCCGCGGGAUAGACGAGACCUCUCUGAGAGACAAGGAAGCGAAAAGUCGUAUCAGAGCCCCAGAUGGCUCCGACCAAGGUCGAGGGACUACUCAGAAAUGGGCUACCAAAUUCACCAAGCCCUUUGCUGUCGUGGCUCACUUGCAGACCAAGAAAGAGGCAUCAUCGGGAGGAAUCAAUGAAGCCGGAUGGAACUGCCUCAAGGCUGAUGGCUGGGUGACGGAGGCUUUCAUGGAGGGCGGGGAUGAUGAAACACGACCCGACAACAAAGCGGUGCGGUUCUAUUUGAACCCAGACGCACCUACGAAGGAGGUCACCCCUACCAUUCCUAUAGGCGGAAUCAUUGCUCUACCUGGGGAUCCAGAUCUCGGAUCAUCGUCUAUCUUCAAGGACUUUGGCAACGCUUACCUGCCUUGUGACGGCUCGGAACGCUCCUCCGCCGAUUUCAAAGCCCUGUCAGCCCUGAUAAAGUCGAUUUGGGGUGAUGCCUCGGGGGAUGACAAAUUUCGCCUGCCAGAUCUCCGUGGACAAUACCUGCGGGGAGCGGGGAAGUCCCAGAGACAGACUGGCUCGGCUCAGGUCUGGUCUACGGGUCUGCCGUCGAAAACAAAACGUAAUAUGAACGUGAACGCCAUCUCAUAUCCAACAGCCAUGUGUACAGUCGGAUCGGCCAUGGGAUGGGGCUUUCGCAAUACUGCGUACGAGUACCUCAGCGCUGGUACGGUAGAUAUUAGCUUCGAUGAUGAUGGAGAGACAGCGCCAGCUUGCGUGGUGGUGAAAUUUUAUGUGCGAGCCGUUUGA